AUUCUCUUUAAUAAAAGAAAGAAAGCAAGAAGUAUCCUGUCACAAUAUUUUUUUUCCAUUUCUGUAAGAUUCACAAAUUGUGUUCAUUCUCCUUAAAGUCCCCCUAAGGUUCUAUAUAAUCACUGCAUAACUUUUUUCUUCUCCACAAAUCACAAAACAAACACACAAGACCCUAUUCUCAGAUCUCCCAUCUAGCCGCUUCUCGAAAACCAUGGUGGCCCUCAUGAAAAGUCUAUCUCUUAUCAUCCUUGCUUCUUUUGCGACCCUCUUCUCCGUCGCUGAUGCACGUCGGUUUUACGUCGGAGGUAGCACCGGUUGGGUCAUGAGUCCACGCGAGAGUUACAACACUUGGGCUGAAAGAAACCGUUUCGAAGUCAAUGACACCCUCUACUUUAAGUAUGCCAAGGGAUCGGAAUCAGUGCUGCAAGUGACGAAAGCAGAUUACCACAGUUGUAACGUUGGGAGUCCACUAAAGAAGUUUGAUAACGGAGAGACUGAGAUUACUCUUGACCGAUCUGGUCCUUUCUAUUUCAUCAGUGGUAAUAAAGAUCACUGUCUGAAGGAACAGAGGUUGAUCGUCGUUGUCCUCGCCAUCAGACAUCCUAUUUCUCCGGCGAAACCUCCUUCUACAACUCAACCUCCUAAAGCUCAUUCCCCUGUUUCUCCUGUUGCACCGGCCAAAGCUCCGUCAACUGUUCAACCUCCAAAAGCACAUACACCCGUUUCUCCCGUUGCUCCGGCCAAAGCUCCAUCAACUGCUCAACCUCCAAAAGCACACACACCUGUUUCUCCCGUUGCUCCGGCGAAAGCUCCAUCAACAUCUCAACCUCCUAAAGCUCAUUCCCCUGUUUCACCACCGGCGAAAGCUCCGUCAACGACCCAACCUCCAAACUCACACUCCCCUGUUUCUCCAGCUCCAUCAGCGGCCAACCCAAAAGCUCAUUCCCCUGUUUCUCAAACUUCACCAGCGAAGGCUCCGGCAAAAGUCCAACCUCCCAAAGCUAACUCCCCUGUUUCUCCAACCACUCCAGCGCCUGAGAAUACUCCACCGUCGUCUCCAACUCCUUCUCAAUCACCUCCGGCCGAUAACAUCAGUGCGCCUGCGGCAAGUCCCAAAAGCGCAGCAAGUGGUGUGGCCGUUACUUCGGUUAUGACCACAGUAUUAAGUGUGGUUUUUACUGUUGCAAUGUUCGCUUGAUCUGUUUAACAGAUGGUCUUUCGUGUUUGAUUUACAGUUCUUUGUUGCGUUGCUGAGCCUUUUAUUAUACAAGUCGCUACUCUUUUAUCUGUUUGUUAUUUACUACUUAUUUGUUCCGAGUGUCGUUAUUUUGUUGCAUUAUUGGACAUUAAUCGCUGUGUUGCUUUCCUAAGCCUUUAUAUCAUUCAACUCUUG